AUGUUCCUCGCCAGCCACCCGACGGCGCUGACGGCGAGUGCGGUUGGCAAGACCCCUUUCCCAGUCUUGACCGCAUAUAAGGCGAAGUCUUUCGGGCUGAUUUCGGCACCCAACAUGCACUGGAGCGCGUCGAUCGCGUUCCAGUUCGCUGGAGAGGCGCCGGAGGCGGCAAACGAGGCGGCCAGUCCCGAAGGCGCAGAGGAGGUCAACCCCGAUGUGAUUGAGCACAGCGGAGAGGAGCUGAAGGACCCCCUUGGGUUUGAAGCCCUCAUCAGUAUGCUUGGAAAGGACAUGGACCUCGACAUGGAUCACGGCGGCCUGUCAAAAAUCACACAAGUCCUCCAGGAGCUGACAACGCACCUCGAUGAGUCCCACAAACAGCAGUCGGAGGGUGGGAAGGCGCACCCCGUCCUGAAGAAGGUUCUCUCGCAGCGCACGCAUGACAGAAUGGUGACUGCGCUCCAGAAGAUGUACUCCGACGUGCCUCGACAGGAAAUCAACGACCAGCUCCACGCCGUCAUGGCGCUUCUGAACAACCUGAAGGUAGAUCCCGGCAUGUCUGCGGAGAGCCUGUUGGAGAAGACUGCGAUGCACCUCGGCAUCGAGCUGACUCCGGACGUGUUCGAGGACAUGAAGAAGCACAUGGGCUGGGCGGCGCGGCUCCUGGGCGGCAUGUCGCCUCACGUCUUGGGCGACGACAAGGCUGAGGAGCUCUAA